CCCGGCGGGAAACCGCCGUGCCGCCCCCUGCGAGCGGCGCUCCGGCAGGAGGCCCCCUGGGCGCCCGGCUGUGGACCCGGGCGGAGUCGCGAGGCCCGCCUUCCCCCGAGCGGGAAGUCUGAAAGGGAAAUUCUCGAGGGGAACCGAGUCCGGGGGGCGGACGAACCUCGACCAACACCCCCCUUCCUUCUCCGCCAUCCCGGUCCCGCCGGGCCUGGAGCCUCCGCACAGCCGGGCAUCGCCCUGCCGCGUCUCAGCCCCCUGGAUGCCGCCGCCUGCAGCGCCCACGAAUGACCCGUGACACGUGGGCGUGGGAGCCAGCCACUGGGCAGGAGAGAGGGCGCUGGCAAAGGUCAUACAGUCAGGGUGGCAUCACAGCACAAUUAAAUGAUGGCACACCAGUCAGAGAGGAUGACGUCAUCAGACAGACCGUAAACCUGUCCCAGUUUCCGCCACUGGCUCCCAGGCUCGCCUUUGGGAAACGGAAACUGAAACUGAAGCUGAAUCGGUGGCUGGUGAGGCUGCUCCCAGACACGCCCCCUGACGUGUGAGGCUCAGGCUCAGAAAAGGGGUGAGCCGUCAGCGCCUGCCGGAGAAGGAGCUGGAGCUGAGACAGUGAACUCAUCAUCAUCCUCCUCCUCGUCGUCACAGCCUGGGAAGGACCUGGCAUCAGAGCCCACAGCCAUGGGUGGCGAGUACCUGAGGGUGAAGAUGCUGAGCAAGGAGUUCCGGGUGCCCAUGAGGGACUCCAUGCUGUUGUCGGAACUGAAGCAGCUGAUCACCCAGGAGAUCCAAGUGCCCGCCUUCCAGCAGCGCCUGGUGGUCCAGGCAAGCAGUGAAGUGCUGCAGGACGGGGUUCCCCUGGCCCACCAGGGCCUGCGCUCCGGCAGCGAGGUCGUGCUGGUGGUGCAGAGCUGCGACAAGCCCCUGAGCAUCCUGGUGAGGAACGAGAGGGGCCACACCAGCGCCUACGAGGUCCUGCUGACGCAGAAGGUGGCCGAACUCAAGCAGCAGGUGGCUGACCGGGAGAGCACGAAGGUCGACCAGUUCUGGCUGAGUUUCCAGGGGAAGCCCCUGGACGAUGAGCAGCAGCUGGGGGAGUACGACCUCACACCCCACUGCACUGUGCAGAUGAAUCUGCGCCUUCGGGGGGGCAAGGAGGGGCCAGGAGGACAGCGCUAAGAGCCACCACCAGCAAGUCCCUGGCCAAGGGGGCCCAUAAUAAACGUUGAUGCAAAGCUAA